AUGGCCAAAGGGUUUUACACUCUUGUUUUCACAUGUGCUGAGGAUAAGGCGUUGGCGAAGCAACGAGCUGGAUGGGAAUUAUCCAAAGGCUCUCUCCGAAUCAGGGAAUGGGUUCGAUUCUUUGACCCUUACAAAGAAAUCUCUUCUCUAUGCCAUGUUUGGGUCAGGUUAUAUUAUCUUCCGAUUGAGUUAUGGCAUCCGGAAGUGUUUGCUGCCAUUGGUCGUACAAUAGGUCUCCCGAUACGUUUUGAUAGCCCCUCGGCGUAUAAAGAAGUUGGGCAUUUUGCCCGGAUUUUGGUGGAGGUAGACUUGGCUCAACCGCUUCAAGAAUCGAUGACUCUUGGGUGUGGUACUAAUUCUUUCUACAUUGAGUUUUAUUAUGAGCAACUGCCGCUCUAUUACUCUCUUUGUAAGAUUACAGGGCACAAUAGGGAUAAAUGCAAUAAAUGCAAAGUGACAGCGACGGACGUUGUUCCGAAGAUGAAUUAUACUGAUGCUAAUAAAGCCAACAACAUCAAAGGGGUUGGGCUUGCUGCCCCUAGAUUAAAAGGCAAAAACUGGCAGCCUAUUGAUCACAAUUUUAAGGAAACAGGCCGGGAAACUCUUAUGGUUGAACAGCGAAAACCUUUUUCUGCAGAGGAGAAUAUUUUGAAGGAGCUGGAGGAUUUGAAUCAAAGAAGAAAAGGGGUGGAGGCGGUCUUCGCGAACGCCAAUGCUUUUGGCCCUUUAGCAAAUGCUGUCUUCAAUGAGGAUGAAAUUUCUUUGAUUACGCAGGGAAGGGAGGUGAAUCAAGUGCCGACGGAGCAUUCUGCGGGGAGGGAAGGUGGAAAUUCUCAAUCUCCGAGAAAGGAGGGAUGUUCGGCAGAGAGGCAGGUGAAGAAGUCAGGGAAGGAGGCGCGGUAA